GUGAGAAACUUCUCCUAUACGUCUUUCCCACAGUCAGAAGCAUUUUUGACAUCCUGUUAAGUGACCCUGAAGCAGUUUGAGAGGUGUUGCUGCCUUGAUGCUUGGCGCAGUGACAUAAGGAAAGAAAUGUGAAUCUGGAUAGUUUCCAAAGGAGUUCUUGAUGUAAAACACCUUGGCUAGAAAACAUUGAAAUAGCAACAGCAUGAGGAGCAGUGAAGAGGAUCAAAGCUCCACCCUGUUACUAUGUGACAGCUAAGUGGCUGUGUCUGUAUAAGUCAACAAAGAGUCCAUCAGAUAGGGUCACCAAAUGAGACAAGUCGAACCCAUUGAUUUACAGAAGCGUAAGCCUAAUGGAUGUGCAACAUGGAGCUUUUUCUCUUCUGAACAUCAGGUGUUUUCAUAUGACAAGAAGCUGCUGGAGGAAGUAGUCAACACACCAUAAAGCACACCUCAGUCAGAACAUCUGUGUCUCCGUUAAUUUCAAGACAAAAUGACAUCAGUACUCAUUGCAAACCUCACACAGGACUGGGUGGAGAGCCUGCAGAGGUGGAAUCUGGAAUUCUUUUUCAUCCCCACCGCAAUCAUCACUCUGUCCUCCCUGCUAGCCAAUCCCGUUCUUCUGAUGUGCAUUUUUCUGUCCCCUGCCUUGCGUCAGGAAACCCGUUACCUGCUGGUGGCCAACACCCUGGCAGCAGACAUGCUCUUCCUCAUUCUCAACCUGGCCAUAAUGAUCUGUAACAGAGUGAGAGCUCAAAUGCCGUGGCUGGUUUGCGAGCUGGUCACGGCUGUCACUAUCACCGCCUACUGCAGUGCUAUCCUCACUGUCACCCUCAUGGUGGUGGACACCUACGCUGCAGUUCGAUGGCCUCUCCGUUACCAUGACAUCCUCCCGCCUGCCCGCACCCACCACAUACUGCUGGGGGCGUGGCUGUUGGCGGCCGUGUACCCUUUCACCUUGGUGAUCAUAAUGGAGAGGGAAAGGGGAAAUACCCAGGAAAAGCUGGCUGUGUGCAUGGCAAUCAUUUCCCUCGGCUUCAUGCAGCUCAAGCACAUGAUUGGGAUCCACAUCUACUUCUUCGUCGCAGCACUCAUCUGUGCUGUACUUAUUUUUUACUGCUACAUUCGGCUCUACAUGGUAACAAGGACCCAGGGCAUUUGGCAGAGCCGCUUCUCCAGGGCCCGGGUCACACUGCUGGCUCACGGGGUUCUGCUUCUGCUCUACUUUCUCCCCGGCUUCGUUUUCUCCCUUGAGCUCAUGCUGUUCCAUCGCAAAGACAUAAGUCAAGAUGUUCGUGUGUGGAUCAGCACAGUCAAUAUGUGUGUCUUCAUGAUGCUGCCCAGGGCGUUUGCUCCAUACCUGUAUGGGCUGAGGUACAGGGAGAUCUCUGAAACUCUAAUGCAGCUGCUGCUCCAGCACAGGAGGCUCGGUCAGGUCAAUGUUUCGUAAAUGCUUGUUACAUUUGUCCAGUGGAGUUACUUGUGUUUUACAUAUUAGACAUGUGUUCACAGUUGUCCUCCACAACAUAAAGUUGUAACUAAAUGUGCAGCAUCCAGGAUCAGUCAAAGUUCCUACAGAACAGCUACUACUACCUACUACCAUCAAAAAAAUCUACUUUUCUAUAUUCAUGUAAGAUAAAUAACCUGUUUGUGUGAAUUGUCUAAAUGCUGUUCCAAAAUACCACAUAACACUAAGAACAGAUUUUUGCUUGACACCUCUUCAGUUUUGGUAUACAGUAGUCAAAUUUAGGAAGAGUGACUCUAAAACAUCAUGUAUAAUUUUAAAGUACAGAACAUAGACUUCCUCCUCCUUUUGUUAAAACCCCCAAAUUCUCAGAGACCAUACUGAGGGCAUGUUCUUCGUCUUCGCAAUCGUAGGUGACAGUCCUGCUUGCUUCCCUGCCCGUGUUCGACAUUAUAAGGUGUUUUUGCUUCACCUCACACACACCCUCUUUGUCAUUCUUGUUCUCUUGUGUAUGUUUUGUGUGAGUUUGUAGCUCUUUUACUGCUGCGUGGGUCCAAAGCAGAACAUGCUGAACCAAGGCUGUAGAUUUUGUUUUCAAAAUUAAGCAGAGAUUUUGAGUGUUAAACUCUUCUUUUCCUGCAUGUUAGGUCUAUUAUUCAACAGCUGCAUCUUUUCUGCAUUGACUUAUAGUGGAAAACACAAAAUUAAGGAACUAAAUGACAGUUCAAAAUACAAUGGAAUUUAAUGCAGCAAGGCUCUCUGGCAAGCGUUUCAUCAAAAUAAUAGUAUG